GGUGGAUGAUGCGGAUGUUGACUAGUGAUGUCUGGAUGCGCACAGACCACGCUGCUGCAGGAAUGGACGCCUUCGAGUUGUUUCGGAAGCUCGGAGCUGGAGCUAAAUUUGACCUGAAGAGGUUUGGUCAAGACGCUGCUCGGUUUAAGGUCGCCAGAUCUCACGUAGGAGAAGCGUCCUCAAAUGCUUUAUCUGCGAUCGAUUACUUUGGCACAGGAUUAACCAGUACAUCCCAGAGCAGUUCUCCAGGACUGGAUGAUGAGGAUGAGGAGGAGGAGGAGGAUGAUGAUGGUGGUGGUGGUGAUGAUGAUGAUGAUGAUGAUGAGGUUGGAAGUGAAAGUGGAGAUUCUGGUGAAGGGGGCAAAAGGAAGCAGAUGGAUGAAGAGAGAGACCUGAGCACAAAAAAGAAAAGGACCAAAAGCAACCAGGUGGAAGCUGCUGGCGGACAACUGAAAGACAUGAGGGGAAGCGGCAUCACCUGGACCUCCUCAUUAGACAGAACCAUCCAAACUCUGCCGAGUGAUGGGAAGGAGAAAUCCUCACUGAAGAGGCUGAAGCAUCUUCAUCAGGAAAAGGUCAAUCGUAUUCGCUCUCAACACCGGAUAAACGUGCACGGCUGUGACGUACCUGACCCUGUGUGCACGUUUGAGGACCUCCAAUCCGAGUAUCGUCUCAACCCACGUGUCAUUCAGAACCUCAAAGAGGCAGGCCUGAACUCCCCGACGCCCGUACAGAUGCAGGCGAUACCGCUCAUGAUGCAUGGUCGGGACCUCCUGGCCUGCGCUCCCACAGGAUCAGGAAAGACUUUGGCUUUCUGUCUCCCGCUGCUCGCCCAACUGCAGCAGCCGGCCAACCUGGGCUUCAGAGCUGUGGUCAUCUCCCCGACCAGAGAACUGGCCAACCAGACCUACAGAGAGCUGCUCCGCAUGUCAGAGGGAGUAGGAUUUAGAGUUCACAUCAUAGACAAAGCCUCUCUGGCAGCCAAGAAGUAUGGACCACAGUCAAACAAGAAAUACGAUAUCCUAGUCAGUACUCCAAACAGACUCGUCUUCCUUCUCAAGCAGGAUCCUCCAGCUCUCGACCUCAGCAGUGUGGAGUGGCUGGUUGUGGAUGAGUCCGAUAAGCUGUUUGAGGGCGGUAGGACCGGCUUCAGAGAGCAGCUAGCCGCAGUUUUUCUGGCCUGUUCUGGAUCAAAGGUGCGGAGGGCUUUCUUCAGCGCCACGUGCACACAAGAUGUAGAGCAGUGGUGCCGUCUGAACCUCGACAACCUGGUGUCUGUCAACAUUGGACACAGAAAUACGGCAGUUGAAUCGGUGGAACAGGAGCUGCUGUUUGUCGGGACGGAGAACGGCAAACUGGUGGCCAUGAGGGAUAUCAUCAAAAAAGGUUUCCUGCCUCCCAUGCUGGUGUUUGUGCAGUCUAUAGACAGAGCACGGGAGCUUUUCCAUGAGUUGGUGUACGAAGGCAUCAAUGUAGACGUGAUCCAUGCAGACCGCACACAGCAGCAGAGGGACAACGUAGUGAACAGUUUCAGGUCUGGUAAGAUUUGGGUGUUGAUCUGCACGGCUCUGCUUGCCAGAGGAAUCGACUUCAAAGGAGUCAACCUCGUGCUGAACUACGACUUCCCCACCAGCUCUGUGGAGUACAUCCACCGCAUUGGUCGGACUGGUAGAGCUGGACAUCAGGGGAAGGCCAUCACCUUCUUCACAGAAAAUGACAAGCCACUGCUCCGCAGCAUCGCUAAUGUCAUAAAACAAGCUGGCUGUCCUGUACCCGACUACAUGAUUGGCUUCAAAAAAAUACACAGUAAAGAGAAACGGAGACUUGAGAAGAAACCCCCCACAAGGAGCACCAUUUGCACAACUCCUCGCUUCUUAAUGAAGACGAAAGGCAAAGCACCCAAUAAAGGACCGAAAGGAGAGAAGAAGGCAGCGGGUGGAGAGCAGAAAGGGGGAAAGGGAUCUCAAACAGCGGUGCAGCAGCAGAAAGGAGAAAAGAAGGCAAAAGGACAGGAGCUGAAGAGAAGAAAUAAAACACAGAAAGACGGGGGAAGUGAAAAGCCCCAAAAGGCUUUGCAGAAGGCGGUGACUUCCUCUGGAGUCAAGUUAAAAAAGAGAAAGGGGAAGAAAGUGAAGCCACAAGAGGACCAGAAGAAAGCGGUACAAGAGUGAUACGAAGAAGGACGUCCAUUUUUUUCAUUUACUGCCAAUUUUCACUUUUGUGCUUUGUAAUAUCAGAGGAUAAAAUAAA